UUCGCAAGAGCAGGAACCUCAAACACUGAACUGUCUGAUGGCAAAACAGAUGUGUGAUGAGGACUCCAAUUGCUCCGCCAUCUUGAAAGUCAUACCAACGCUCUGUGGACCAGAACUGGUGGCGUGUUCAACAGUGACUGUGUCACGUUGCCAGGCAGCGUUGCGCACACUGGUGGUUUUUCCUUGGUUCCAGCCGACGUGUCUCUGCAGAGAGCCCCGACUCGAUCCACAGUGCAACGCCUUCAGGGAUCUUCUUUUUGAUCACCCGUGCGUCUUCGUCAGCAGAAAAGAUGUGGAUAUGCACCCGAUGUUGCAAAUCCCCACUUGUGAGCGAGCUGCCAACAUCUGCAUGGAUAACGCGUAUUGCAAGCAGCGGUUGGAAUUCUUCAAAAGCACCUGCCAAUUUCGAGACGGCCACUGCAGAAAUCCCAACAGAGAGGACUGCCUGAGGGCGUGGCUACAGCUUAGGAAGACUCCCCUCUUGGGGUGCAUUUGCCCCGACGGAAAUGAUAAAACAUGUUCUUAUUUGUACACACUUGUCAAUGAGAAUCCAUGCGUUGAGGGCGAUUACCCCGCGCGAGUAGCCGCCAUGGCGGCUAUCUCCGAGGAGAUGAAGACCACUCUGACGAAGAAGCCGCCCUUGCCCACGGCAGCGGCUACCCUCCUCAUCAUAUCUUCCUCCCAAACCGAACCCCGCUACCCCAUGUCCACUAUCUACCACUAUCCGGAGCUCCCAUCCGCCUCCAAAGCGGACCACACAGCGUCUUUGGAGCAGCUGAAGCAUGUAGCCGGGACCUGUCAGUCAGCAUUAGCAGACUGCGUUGGAGAUGCCGGGUGCAAAAGCCAUCUCGAUCUGAUAACCAGGAACUGCGAGGAAGUUUGCAAUCAGAUUGCCUGUAAAAGUGCGAUUCAAGACAUUUACAAAUACCUGAUGGAUGCGAAUAAAGAUUUGGCUUUGAAAAUCGCUCUUUGCGUGUGCAGAGACAGCACGGAACACCGACAGGCGGAAUGCAAAAGAGCUCAGAGAAAACUGCAUCCUUCUUGUGCAGAAGAGAUGACUGACAACCAUUCAAUCAAUCAGUGUCACAAUAUUGGCCAAGAGUGUCGUAAAAACCGUGUCUGCAGGUACAGACUCGAGUACUACGAGCUCUCGUGCGCGGCCGACACAAUGACAGGCCGAUGCGCAGGUCAGCACCAGAUGUGCAUGAUGUCCAUGCUCGGCCUCCUGGGUACUGACCUGCAUACGAACUGCAUGUGCAAAGGUCACGCCUUCCACAACAUCAACCAUUGCUUGGCCUGGAAGCGACUCCUCUGGGGCAACCCUUGUGUUGUUGAGUCUCUACUGACGUACCAUCUGUCGCAGCCGUCCUUCGGGACAGAUACACACCUGCCCGUGCCAGCUGCCACCGCACCCAAUACAUACAACGGGGUCGGUAAAAACAUCUUACGGAAAGGAGGCCACGUAUCAAACCAACUGCAUUAUCUUGGCUUAGCUCACGGCAAGAAGCACCCGAGCACUCACAAGAGCAUCCCGGCGGAGGAGAACUUCCCCUACGACAGCGGCUCCUAUGAGCCAGUGCACCCUAGACACGACGUCGACGCCGAGUUGGUUGACCUGGAUGGCGAAGACAGUCGACUUCAGGUCAGGAAGGUCGCUAGUACCCCGCAGAGUGACCAUACGGUGCCACACGCAGCCCCAGCCGUACCUUCGUCUACUACCACCACUACCACGACCACAACUACCACCACUACCAGAUCUACCACCACCACUACACCGACGACGAUCCUUCCCGAAAGUUACUGUGAAAUCAAGAAAUCAUGGGACAGUAAAACCCACAUAAUUGAAGAACAGGAAAGUAUCAGACUAUAUAAGGACAAUGACAGAGACUGUUCAGAACUAUGCUAUUGCGUAAAGAACCUGACCGCUGUAUGUACGGUUCUGGACUGCGUGGAGCGACGCCCCUGUGAGACGGACUUCGCUGUUUACAAUCAUAAUGCACCCGGGUUCCAGGUCGCCAGAGGCGAGUGCAUCUGCUACUCGGGAGAAUUCAUUUGCAAGAGGCCGAGGCAAGAUGAGUACGACCUCCCGACGGGAUUAUUCCUCCUCCUGGGCUACAGCAGGAGGGAACUCCACGUCCUGAAUGAGACCAGCCCCAACGCAGUUAACAGUCUCAUACAGCUGCAAAACGUUUUCCAGAGACUCUCCGCGGAAUUAGGAGGUGACUGUCAUCUUGAAUUAUAUCAGGCCACGACGGACAACCUAAUCCUUCAAGUGAGACACUCGCAGAUGGCGCCGGGGAACAGGAAUAGGAAUUAUUCCCUUUACAUGAUGCAAGAGGAACGGGACCGAUGCGAGACUCCGGCCAAGAAACUGGAGACGAUGAUCAAUAAGCGCGACCCCCGCAUCCUAUACAACGUCCGCCUCUCAUUAUUUGUCCUGGCGGAGGUGAUGGAUAAUGUGCCCAGCCUUGACAGGAUAAGCAGCGGGAUCCCGUCGGUCAAAGCCAAGGGCGUGGGACACCAGUGGUGGGCGUGGUUCUCCAGCUUUGCGGGGGGAGCCAUCGUCAGGUGGUUAUUUUUCCACCGGAGAGUCGAAGGAGAUUUGUGAUAAUUUAUACGACAAUUUUUGAAGUUUAUCCUUUUUUAUUCAUUCAUAGAAGAUGGAGUUCGACGUGUAGGAGGGAUAGGUAGGCGUAUGGUUAAAAGGUCAAAUGAAGGAACUAGAAAAUGAUGGACGAUGUGGAAAUACAAUUGUGACUUUAAUCCUCCUGUAAAAAGAAAACUAGAAUUACAGUCUAUUAGAUACUCUGUUAUAAUGUUUGUCUUGUUUUAUUUUUUUAACAUAAUGUCGAAAUACACACAGACAUACACACACACACAUAUACAUA